AUGACGAUCUGUACUUAUGACGCACGUACGCUUGCAUCGGAAACGGCCGUAGAACAUCUGAUGAUGCAAGGCAAGAAGAUUAAGUACGACGUCAUCGUACUGAUCGAGACGAGAUUACGUCGUUCUCUCAACACAGUACAUGAAACUGGAGAAGAGUUGUUCUUAGGAACAUGCGACAAUAGGAGCCAAGAACUCACGUCCGAGCUAGCAAGGCUUUACAGAGAGACGAUAAAGGGAGACCUUAACGAGAGAAGAGCAGAAGUGCUGGCUGCAGAGGCGGGGAAAAGGAUCCGCUAUGCCCGUCGAGGCUUCGCCUGUUGCAAGACGAGGAUGACUGCCGACAGCCACGUCCACUUGCCUCCUCACUAUCUGAGAGAAGAUGGACAUGUCAUUCCAAAGAUUCUCCCGUCCGAAGUACGACAUGCUAUCAUGUCGGUAAGAAGUCGUACGGCACCCGGCUCGUUAGACCUGUCGGAAUGCAAGGUUAAUAAACAGAGAAAGACCAGCAAGACCGUGUUGUUGUGUAAAAAGGGAGAUCCGGAUGACAUCGGCAGCUAUCGCCCAAUCUGUUUACUGUCCGUCAUCUACAGGCUCUUUAUAAGAGUGAUUCUGAAGAAGUCUUGGAUGAAGGACAGCUAUGCAGCAAGCAUUCUCACUGUUUCAACGCUCAUUGAGGUAUCAGGAGAGUACAAGACCCUUCUCACCUUCAUCGACUUGAAUAAGGCCUUCGACUCAGUUGAGAAGGAAGCGAGCAAUUUCACGGCCGGAAUUCCGCCAUUCUACAACGAUGUCAUAAGCAACGUGAAGAAAGGGGUUCGUAAGGGUGAUACAAUCUCACCAAAAAUUUUCACAGCCACUCUCGAGAACACAAUGCAAAAGCUAGAAUGGGACGACAUGGUAGAGAAGGUUGAUCGUCGGCAGCUACACCAUUUGCGCUUUGCUGAUGACAUCGUACUGAUAACACCUAGCAUCAAAGAAACGGAACGAAUGCUGACCGAAUUCGACGAAACAUGUGGAUGCAUCAGUAUUCAGCUGAAUCUGCAAAAGACGGUGUUAAUGCGCAACGGAUGGGUCUCGAAUGCGCCGUUCAUGCUCAACGGUACGAACACAUCCGAAUGCAAAAGCUACUUUUAUCUGGGAAGGGAACUGAACAUGAUGAACGACCUGCCUCCGAGCUAG